AUGAGCACCACACUUGAAGAACGACCACCAGUAGAUGUUGAAGCUCAACCAAAAAAGGACAACCCAACCGUUCAUGAUGAUGAUGAUACUUCCGAUGAUGAAGUAGACACAAGAGUACCUUUGCGAGAAAGAGCAAUUAAAUAUCUGAAGAGACUGAAAAAACAAACGAAACACGCAAUAUUCCAUCGGUCUAAAGGAAGAAGUUACUUUUGUUUAAAUACGUGUGGAUUCUGGUGCUCUCAAUUAUUCUUUACACUUUUCCUUUAUGUCUUCAUUGUUGGAUUCUUCAUUGCAUACAUGAGCAUUGGAUCUGAGAUGAUACCUUUCACCUUCAUUGCUUACAAAACAAGAGAUCCAAGCACAAUCCCAGCCCCAAUACCAGCUAGAGACUACUUUGGAACACAAAAUUCGACAAGAAAUUCAACAACAACUACAAAGGCAAUAUCAUAUUUUCUAGGACUUGACUAA